GCUGUGGGUUGGGGUGAGUAAGGGGGCCAAGUUGAGCUGUCGUUUAGGUAGGAAAGUUGAAGGGAAUAGAUGUUGGGAAUUGAAUUUGGAAGAGGGUGUGGAAAAGGCGAUUCGAUAGCGGAGGAAGAAGUGAAGAGAAGAGAAGAACAUGAUAUGAACGGAAAUACAGAGAGAGUACGUACACCGCGGGCCAGAUGAACAUUUUCCAUGACCGCUUCUGCACCAAGAUUCCUCUUACUUCCAGUAGAUGCUGUUCAAUCUCGUGCAGUCCAAGGAGUACAUGUCUCCGCACUCGUUCAAGGUGUUCGAUAACGACUACUCGUCUCGGCGCAUCGCCGUACUUAUCCAGCCGCCGCCUGUACAAAUGGAGGUUCAAGACAGUAGCGUACUUCAGCGACGGUAUGCGCAGUUGUUGAUUGGGCAUUGGGAUCAUCACCGCUCCGUCAAGGAGUGGUGUUUGUUCGGUAGAUGGGAUGGGCGGCGUCAUUGUAAAGGUGGGAGGACGUGAGGCAUGCAUGUCUAUGUGAGAACGCGUUCUAGCUUGCAAAAAGAUGAGGGAAAAAGGGUAUUUGCAAUAACGGGGCAUUCAUCGUGUUGUUAAAUGAUGUUAUGGUUUUA